AUGCAUUCGCCCGACGUCAAAAUAUUUCAAUUAUUUAAGCUGGCAAGAUUUGGCUGCCAACUAACAGUCUUUUUUGACAUUAAGGUGGAUCUGCGUGUAGUCGCUGCGGCAAAGUUUUACAUAUCCACAGCGAAAACUAAUUCAACAAAAUGAAACCGCUGAUGCUUCAGGGACACGAGCGUUCUAUAACGCAAAUCAAAUAUAAUCGCGACGGUGACCUGCUCUUUUCGGCCUCGAAGGAUCAAAAGCCCAAUGUGUGGUACUCGUUGAACGGCGAACGCCUGGGCACAUACAAUGGCCACAAUGGAGCAGUUUGGUGUGUGGAUGUUGACUGGACCUCGACCAAAUUGAUCACGGGCAGCGGUGACAUGACAACCAAACUAUGGGACGUGCAGCACGGAGUUCCACUUGCUUCUAUCAAAACGGCCUCGUCGGUGCGUACCUGCAACUUCAGUUACUCGGGCAAUCAGGCCGCGUACAGUACAGACAGGGCUAUGGGGCAGAACUGUGAGAUUUUCAUCAUUGACGUGCGAACAGUUGAUGCUAGUUUGUCGCACCAAGACUCUACCCUGAGGAUACCUGUUCUGCAAUCGAAGGUGACUGCCAUGCAAUGGGGGACACUAGAUGAAACUAUCAUCACAGGACACGAAAACGGACAAAUCACCCUCUGGGAUUUGCGCACUGGCAAAGAAAUCAAUGCCGUCAACGAUCACACCUCUCAAAUAAAUGACAUGCAGCUUUCCAAGGAUGGCACCAUGUUCGUCACUGCAUCAAAGGACACCACGGCCAAGCUCUUCGAUUCCGAUUCGCUAAUGUGCUUGAAAACAUACAAGACCGAACGACCAGUGAACUCCGCCUCGGUUAGUCCGAUCCUGGAUCAUGUAGUGCUCGGUGGUGGACAGGACGCUAUGGAAGUAACCACCACGUCGGCUCGUGCUGGAAAAUUCGAUUCGCUGUUCUUCCAUUUGAUCUACGAGGAAGAGUUCGCUCGUCUUAAGGGACAUUUUGGCCCAAUCAACAGUUUGUGUUUCCACCCCGACGGAAGAAGUUAUGCAACGGGAGGUGAAGAUGGUUUUGUUCGAGUUCAAGCUUUCGAUAACUCAUAUUUUGAAUACGUUUUCGAGUAAGGAGAAGGAGGACGUUGCGAAUAAAGUAUUUUGUAAAAUAACUGGUGGACAUUAAGUAAAUUUUCUAUUUAAAAAUUGUUUAUCCGAAACAGAAACAAGAUCACUUGUGAACGCUUUCCCAAAAAUGGGGAAGUGUAAAUAUUUUCCAAAUUUGGAAAUCAAUAAAUUCACCUUUCGGAUA